AUGCCUAAUUCUCUACCCCUAUCCAAUAACACCCGUCCAAAUCACCGUCAACAAUCCUACAUUGAUACACUCUGCCGUUUUAUAUCCUACUUGUCAAUUUUCGUAUCUUUCGCCAGACAGACCCACACACUUGCUCAGUCACCACCGCUCCCUGCUUUUACACUCAGGAUUCCUGGAUUUAUCUCUCCAUUCCAGGUGCCAUUGGUCCAUAAUGAACCUCUACUCGCCAAUAAAAACCUCCCAACCACUCAACUGACCUCGACGUCCAGACUGACCUGGACCCCCAGCCUAAACACGCGUAACACGGGCGACCAUAACAGAUGGCGCUCGUUACACUCUGCACAAUUACCCCCCGUAGAUUCAAAAUACCGCGUCCUACGCCACCCCGAGGCUGCCAAAGACCAGGCCCCGACAAAUAGCCAUACAGGCGGUAACCACCAAGACAACAGACGCGGAAACGCUGAAAAGUGGCUGUCGCUCGCCCAAAAUAUAAUACCUGCCCGUGUAAAUACCACAUACAACAAGGGCGCGUAUGUUACCGGGCCUAUACAUGCGGGGCUAGUCUACGACGCUGUCAUAACAAAGUUUCUAAACUACAAACACGCCCUGGUCUCGAUCGUUUCAAAUGAUGCCAAAUGUAUCCUCAUAAAUGACGUCCUAUGGAAUGAAAACACCCAUUAUACAUACCCAAAUCUUUUUUCUCAACGCGCAAGCGCCAUACUAGGGGCCUGGGCUCAUUUGGGAAGACGCCGUGUGCUCCCCAUUAGGACAAUCUCCCCACUUUCGUACGAUGUAAAACAACGACCAUACGUCACAAUCGCACUGGACAGGACUCCAGACUACUAUCCCCCGCUGACUCGGGGAAUGAUCGUCAACGGAAUUCCUGUCUGCCGACACGGUGACUCCAUCGUUUUUAGGUCCCUGCAUGGGAACUACCACCUGGACAUGUUUCUCUCCCGAUGCACUUUAGACAACAAAUUCAGCAUGGACGCUGGCAUAGAAGAGCUCUUUUUGCCUGGAGAAGUGGUUGAACUGGAGGUUCUAUCCCCUCCAAGGCUGCCUUACAUCUCAUCCUUUUUGGCGAGGCUGCCCCUCAAUUCUCCCGUACGAAACAGAUGGGCUGAGAUAUUUCCCAUGCACAGGGAGGCUUUUCUCGGACCUAAGAUGUCUUUACGCCGCAGGGUCCCACGGAAUAGGCCAUUUGCCGCUACCCACUCGCCUCCUCGCUUUCCAUUUGACGUCAGUGACAGUGGCAAGUACAUGGUCAAGGGGGUCAGUGACAGUGGCAAGUACAUGGUCAAGGGGGUCAGUGACAGUGGCAAGUACGUGGCCAAGGGAGUUAAUGACGCUGACAGGUACAUGGUCAAGGGGGUCAGUGACAGUGGCAAGUACGUGGCCAAGGGAGUUAAUGACGCUGACAGGUACAUGGUCAAGGGGGUCAGUGACAGUGGCAAGUACAUGUCCAAGGGAGUCAAUGACGCUGACAAGGCCCUGAAAACUCGCCCCCCAGUCGUCAUGCCGACAGAGAGCGUGACGCUGAGGGAUUUCCUAAAGAGUGUGAACGGGAGGAUGGAUAUGGUUUCCAAGUACGUGUUCAUGAAGACACGCCGGCGUAUUGGCGCAGACUGCUUAAUAUCUCCAAAUAUGGCCAAAAGCUUUUACAACGUCAUUUCGCAGUCACAGAAAUUCACAGACAUCGACGGGGCCCUGGAGGCCACUGAAUUACGCGCCUUAACAAACACAGGACCCAAAAAAUACCACACGGUCGUCCUAAUCGGAUCUGCCAUCAGCGGCAAGACAGAGCUCUUCCGUUCACUAUGCGCCCACGCCCAAAGUGCCACACGAGGGGCUGCAGACGGUACCCCCACGGGGCACGAGUUUGGGCUGGCCAGCGUAGAGACUGGGGGACGCAGGUACUUGCUUUUCGAUGCCCCGGGACAUCCGGCUUUCGCCAAGAUGACGGAAGGCCUACUUGGUGCCUCGGACAUUGCAGUCGCCGUGGUCUCCGCGAAGGAGGGCCUCCAAGAAGCCAUGCAGAGACAAAUACAGCGAUGCGUUAACUUAAAACUACCGCUGGUGGUUUGUGUCACUGAUUGUAGCGAUUGUGAUAGGGGCCUGGAGGAUAUCACAUUGGGCCUUUCUGUAGCAGGCGUAACACUGCAACCACUUGGCCCUACCCAGCUGAUACAAAUGCAGUCCCAGCCGUCUCCCCAGUCCAUAUACGAGGCCCUGUCUACAAUGCCUUUGCCAGAGGCCGAGGCUCUUGCUGGAGGUGGCGUGGUAAUAGAUUCUGGCGUUGCCAGAGGUGUGGGCAGGUACGCCCUGGCCGUGUUGCAGGAGGAGUUGGAGAGGAGGGACUUCAUAAUAUACAGCGGGCAAAGCAUCGUAGCCAAAAGGCUUUUCGGAUUGGACCUCAAGCCCAUAGCUGCCUCUAACCCGGGAGACGCUGUUUACAUAGCUGGAUUGGACUGUCUUAUCCCCCCGGGCACGGCGUUCGUCAGGGCGUCCAAUGAGCAGGACGCCAGGGAAAUUUGCGCGCUGAUGCCCCAGGGAUGUCAGGCUAUGCCGUCCGAAGAAUUUUCCCCGCAGGGGAGGCGAGGCCUAGUACCUGCAGUGGUCAAGAGCCAUUCCUUGGGCACAGCCGAGGCGAUCUCUACGUCUCUGAGGGGGCUUUUAGUUGAAGAUACACCGAGUGACGUCAGAUACGGGCCCGUGACGGCAGCGCCCGGGGUGAUGACGAGCGGAGACAUCCACAGGGCAUCACCAAACGGAAUAAUUUUCCUGUACGGUAUGGGAUGCCCAAAGGACCUUCUUGCGGCUGCUAGCAGGCGGGGCGUUAGCAUAAUUUCGUGCAGUUCUAUGGAUGAAAUUUUGUCCCUGGGCAUGGGUGAGCUUGAGCGCCGGCGCAGCGCCAAGCCCUUGGGUGGGGUUUUGACGGGAACCGCCAUUGUUGGCAAGGUUUUUGGCGCCGUGAAGGACAAGAAAGCAGCGGGAUUCACAGUUCAGAGCGGCAAGAUUUUGGGCGGUUCCCCCGCCAGAGUAAUUCGUAACGGUGAGGUGAUUUUUGUUGGACAGAUUGCAUCGCUGAGGCACACCAGGAGCGAGGUUUCCACUGUUUCCGACACGGGAGGGCUAACACUUGCGGGUUUUGACGACUUUAUGGUUGGAGACACCCUCGAAUGUUACUCUCGCUAG